UAUACUGUGUUGUAUAUACUGUACUAUUACAUAUACCGUAGUAGAUAUAGAUACUGUGUAAGAACGUAUGUACAGCCAUAUCGUAUUUCGUUAAAGUGAAAGAGUGCAUGAAACAACUAUCUCUGUAAAGAAAUGAUUAUUGAUAUUCUGGACAAGUAACAGGAAUAUAUGAACUUUAAAAUAUGGAUUGUGAAGGAGAAGCACAUGGUGAUAACUUUGAAGUAAAUCUUCCUGACAUGGAUGAUUCUGCGAGCGACAAAUCUAGAAAGACACCAACAAGUUCUUUAGAAAUUGCAAGCAUCUCAACAGAUAUAAAUAGUUCUAUUGAAACACUCGAGAGCAAUGUCAUAAAAGAUGCUAAUAAAGAAACGAAAUUUGAUAACAAUUUUGUUUGCAAAGCUAUGGAAAGCGAGCAAAUGCUCGAACCUGUGGAACGUUUUAUGGCAGGUGAUAUCGAGAUGACAACUGAUAAAUGUGACCAAACUAAUAUGUUACAAGAUAUCUUUUGUAAAACUAUUAAUUCAGUUGAUGCAUUAGAAGCAACUACUUCACAAGAAAAUAGUUCAUCUUCCUCUCAUGCGGAUGAAUCAAAUAUAUUACAAACAGAUCAUGCUAAAGCUAAAAGAAGUAUCAAUAUUUCAAAGGGUCAAGUACAUAUCAAUAGUAAUGCAUCUAUGGAAAAAUCGGAUGACAGUUCAGACGAAGAUUCGAGUAAACGUCAAAAGUUAAAUAAAAGUGUAGACGAUAUCGAUGCUGAAAAUAUGAGCGAUGACACAGUAACAUUUCAAAAAACCAAAUCAAAAGUGAAACAACGAAAUUAUCGUAAAAGACGAAAUAUAACGAGUGAUAAUGAGGACAGUUCUGGGAAUACCUUGUCAAAUGAAGCAACAAGGGAACCUUCUAUACUUGAUACAGAUGAAGGGAAUGUUGCAUCUGCCAGUACUAGAAAUGAAUCCACUCAUAAUGAAGAAUUAAAUAAAAGUACAAGGACUCAUAGGGCAAGAUCAGAAACGCACAAUGAUGAAUCUGAUCAAUACAAAAAUGAAAGAGAUGAUUCAAAUGAAUGGAGAACAGAUAAUGAGGAUGAAUUGAAUGAAGAAAAACAAUAUGAAGAAGAGAUACCAAAUUGCCUAAAAAUAGAGAAACCACCACCCAAUUGGCACAUAGUACCAGAAGUUUUAAAUCGUCAAAUAGGUAGCAAUCCGUUGUUUCAAAGAAGGUUUUAUGGUUCUUUACAUGCUGUAGAACGACUCGAACUUAUGUAUAAUCUUGAUGAACAUCAGGGUUGUGUAAAUGCCUUAAACUUUAAUGAAAAAGGAAAUUUAUUAGCGAGUGCCUCUGACGAUUUAGCAGUUGUUAUAUGGGAUUGGGCUCUGGGAAAAAAGCGUCAUUGGUUUAUGAGUGGACACACAAGAAAUAUGUUUCAAGCUAAAUGGUUACCAUUGGACAUGGAGUACCUCAUGGUCACCUGUGCUCGAGACGGUCAAGUACGUUUAUUAGAUCUUGAACACAAUACGUCAAAGAGGUUGGCGGCACAUCGUGGACCAUCUCAUAAAUUAGCUGUGCAUCCUGAAACACCUAAUUUAGUCUUUUCUGCUGGGGAAGAUGCAAGGGUGUUUUCUAUAGAUAUCCGAGAGAGUAAACCAAGCAGAUUACUAGUAGUAAAAGAAGGUUCAUUAGAAGUUCAACUAUAUAGUAUACAUUCUAAUCCUUUUAAUAGUAAUGAAUUUUGCGUCAGUGGCCGUUCUCGUUAUGUGAGAGUGUAUGAUCGACGAAAAGUUUCGACACCACUUUAUAAAAUGUGUCCUGAUCGUCUGGGAGGGAAUAACCACGUGCAUGUAACAUGUGCGGUAUAUAAUUACAAUGGAACUGAAAUUCUUGCAUCAUAUAAUGAUGAAGACAUAUACCUAUUUGACAGAUUAUCAUCAUCAUAUGUAGAUGCUAAUAGAUAUCAAGGCCAUAGAAAUAGUGCAACUGUGAAAGGUGUCAAUUUCUUUGGACCCAAAAGUGAAUAUAUUAUAUCUGGGUCUGAUUGUGGUAAUAUAUUCAUUUGGGAUAAAAAUACAGGAGCAAUUGUACAAUGGAUGACAGGAGAUAAACAAGGAGUUGUAAAUUGUUUAGAAGGACAUCCGCAUAUUCCUGUUCUUGCAACAAGUGGAUUGGAUUAUGAUGUCAAAAUAUGGGUGCCUUCUUGCAAAGAACCUCCAAUGAUGAAAUCGUUAACAAAUUGUAUCAAGUCCAAUAUGAAAAAUAGAAAACAAGAAAAUGCGCCUGAUGCUACACUUAAUGGACAAUUGUGUUGGAUUUUGCUGAGACAUAUACGUCAAAGAGAUAGAAUACAUCAACUUUUUAUGCGUCAUGGAUUUGAUCCGAAUCUUGAAAUUCCGAAUCGAGAUAACGAUGACGAAGAUGAUAAUGACGACGAUGACGACGAUGAUUACCGCUUCGAUGAUUCUUCUAAUGACGACUCAUCUGACAAUACCGAUAGUCAAUCUGAAAGUGGCGAUGUUGGAAGAAUACAAUGUCCUCAAUCUUAGAAAUGCUGCUUAAUUAACACAGUUAAAAUGGAAGUUAUAUAGUGUUCAAAAUAUUCAUUAAUCAAUUUCCCCAAUUACAAUAAAUUUUAUUAAAUGAUUGUGUCAAUAGCAUUAUGCAGCAGAGUGUAUAAGAGUAUAUAAGAGGGAUGAUAUUGCAGUGUAUCAAAAAAAAAUUCCAUAUUCUAUAAAUCAUUAAUCUUUUCUAUUGGCUUUCGAAAUAAUUUGGUAGUUUAAAUAGCAUAUUUCAGUAGUUUACGAUUGUAUUGUAAUUUUUGAAUAUAUGUCGAAUGAAUAUAAAGACUAUAUGAUUUGAAUAUACGAUAUUCAGAUAACAGAAUAUAAAAAAAGAAAUGUAGGAAAUAUAAUAGCCACGCAAAACAAAUUAUA